AUUGUGGGUCUUACUGUACGAGUAGUUUUUACUCAGAUCUUAAAAGGGAUUUUGCUGAAGAACGAGCUCAAUCCUGGUAUAGACUUUUAUACCGAUUCUUUUAUUUAUAGAUUUAUAAAUAGAAGUAAAAUUAGGUAUUACUAGAGAUUGGCAGUUGUGAUGAUCGUUCUGUCUGGCAAAGCUUAGUGAGUCAAUAUAUUUAUACCUGGUGGAUUUAUAAACACUCAUAGAAGUUCAAUGCUGUUUCUGUUCAGGAAGUACUCCAAUCGUGUUAAAUUCCUGUCGCUUCCGAGUCACCAGCGACAACUAUAGUAUAUAUCGACUUGAUGUUAGAAGCUCUCGAAAUUACACCGAAAGACGAAAACAAUACAUUUUGAACAAAAAAAAUAUUAAUUUGAGAUAUUUAAAUUGAUUGAAUUACAAGAUGAUCAUUCCUGUGCGCUGUUUUACAUGUGGAAAAGUUAUUGGCAACAAAUGGGAAGCAUAUAUUGGACUUCUACAAGCAGAAUAUACGGAAGGUGAUGCUUUGGACUCACUCAGCUUGAAACGUUACUGCUGUAGGAGAAUGCUUCUUGGACAUGUAGAUUUGAUUGAGAAAUUGAUCAACUACGCACCAUUAGAAAAAUGAAUACUUAACAUUCUCUCAACAUUCUACUUCAUUAAAUCAUUCAAUAAUUUAUGAUAUUUACAAACAGGCAUUAACAAAAAUGUUUGGAUCUAUAUCAACUAAAUUAUUACAGUAUUUCAUUAAUAAUGAUAGUUCUAUGAUAUUGCGAAGACCAAAAUAUAAUUUGUAAUUUGUUAAAAUUAUUCAUCAGUAAUAAUGUCAUAAUAUUUCAUAUGUAUACGUA